CAUAGGCCAUCCUGGGGAAAAAAUCUUGACAGCAUGGCAUGUGGAGUGUAGCGGACCUGAGGGAAGACCUAAACACGACAAGUUACCAUCAUGUGGCCUGAAGUACAACAAGCUCUGGACGAGAAGCGUUAUGAACUGGUGCUCAGUGGGGACGACAUAAACAAGAAAAUAGAAGAUGAAGGAUUAGAUCCAGGCUUAUAUGAAUUGUCACAUCUCAAUUUCCUUAGGGUGUCCAAGUCACCUCUUGUGACAAUCUCUGAAGACAUUGGCAAACUCCGUAACUUGACCAACCUGAUCCUCCCAGGCAACAAGAUUCAAACUCUACCUGAAACAAUUGGGAAUCUUGAAAAAAUGAAACUCCUGGAUAUAUCGAUAAACUGUCUUCAGAGUUUGCCAAAUGGUAUUGGUAACUUAAUCAGUCUAACAACUCUGAAUGCUAACAAUAAUGAAUUACUUGCUUUGCCAAAUUUAGAAAAGUGUAUCAAUCUUGCAAUUCUGGAUGUAAGUGGAAAUAAAUUAUCAGAUUUUCCUGAUAUUUGUCAUGAAAGUCUCGCGCACUUGGCAGAUGUUAAGCUUACCAGUAAUCAGAUAAAUGAAAUCCCUACAAAUGUGUCAACACUUCCGUCACUGAAGACACUUGAUUUGGGGAGUAAUGUUAUUAAGGUUGUUCCGGGAGAACUCAUUGAUUGUGUCAAACUGAAAGAUUUAAACUUGAAGGGGAAUCCUCUAAAUGAUCGUCGCUUCAGAAAGCUGGUUGAAUCAGAUCGCUGCCUUCCACGUCAGGUGAUUGACUACAUCCGGCAGCAUUGUCCAAGAUCUGAAAAUAGCAAAGGUGGAGCUCCUGGCAAGGGCAAGAAAGGAAAGGGAGGCAAAGGAAAGGCUAAAGAUGAAGACGAGGUAGACAUUUUGUGUAAUGAACUACGUGUUCUAAGUGUGAAAGAUACAGUUCCAGUAGUACAAGUUACUACAGCUGCUAAGGAUGUACGCCCGUACAUAGUUUGCUGUGUACUUCAGGGAGUUGACUUAAGUGGUGAUAAUCUGAAGAAGUUUAUUUCUACUCAGACAAAACUCCAUGAGGGUGUAUGUGAGAAGAGGUUGGCAGCUACAAUUGCAACACAUGACCUGGCCAAGAUAAAAGGCCCUCUGAAGUUCAUCGCUGGAGCUCCUGAAGAGAUUCGCAUUCAUCCUCUGGUGAGGGGCAAGGAAAUGUCUGCCAGAGAGUUACAUGUGGGACUGCAGCAAGAGGCAGAAGCACAGAGAAAACACCAAAAGAGGAACAAUAUUACAGGACUACACAAAUUUCUUCAUCUAGUGGACCGGUGGAGUCUUUGGCCAUGUCUUGUAGAUGCUGAUGGAACAGUAAUAUCACUCCCACCACUCACCAAUGCAGAAAACACCAAAAUAACACAAGAGACAGUGAAUGUGUUUGUGGAGGUGACAAGCAGCACAUCACUAGGAAAGGCUAAAGAAGUCAUUGACUCAUUGAUUCUUUUUUCCUUACAAACUGGAAUCAGUCCAGAAAAGAAUGCAGGAGGUAAGGACGUAUUAACAAUCCAACAAGUUCGAGUUGUGGAUGAAGAUGGAGGCCUACGUGUUCUGUAUCCUUCCCGCACUGAUUUGGUUUUCAAAAAUGAAAAAGUUAGAGUUGUUAUGCCUGACAAGUGAGUUCUAACUAUGAAAUUGAUUGUGCCUGUCAAAAUUUAAUUACUCAGCUUUAUGUUGACAUGAGCAAUGUUUUUAGUUUUUGGCCAAGACUUUUUUCAAAGUUUGUAUGUACAGGUUGACAGUCCCUUAUCCGAAAUCCUUGGGGCCAGAGGCAUUUUGGAUUUCGGAAUUUUUCGGUUUUCAGAAUGGUUAGUUUUUUUUUUUUUUUUU